CGCGUCGUAUCGUUUCUUUUCUUUUUCCUGAACGAGCGUGCGAAGUCAACGUGCGUUUGAAGUCCAUCUAAUUAAUAAUCGCAACAAAAUAUGCCACGAGAAAUCAAAGAGAUCAAGGACUUUCUGUUGAAAGCCAGGAGGAAGGAUGCUAAAUCUGUGAAAAUCAAGAAGAACGCAGACAAUGUCAAGUUCAAGGUCCGCUGUUCUCGAUUUUUGUAUACUCUUGUAAUCACAGACAAGGAGAAGGCCGAGAAACUCAAGCAGUCCUUACCACCAGGUUUACAAGUAAAGGAAGUAAAGAGAAGUGAACGUGUGUAAAAUGACUAAAUAAACAAUCUUUUAAACAUGA